AAAUCAUUGAUAUGUGAACAACAUCUUGGCUGUCUGAAACAUUUUAUGCAUUUGAAGAGAUUACAGUGCGCCUUUUCUUUGCUUCAGGAUGGAUCGUCGCUCCGAUGUUCGAAACACCUUCGGUAUUGCUACGGGCGUAAUAUCUUUUUUGACUUCAAUCUAUGUGUAAGUUAUCUGCUUUUAAGGUACCGGUCCGAUGUCAUUAGAGAUGGGGAUGUCGGCGGAAAUUGUAUUCUGAAUGAUAAUAUUCUGCGUGAGCGUGCCGAUGAAACCGGUUAUUUGCAAAGUUGGGCUGGGGAAUUGAUUCAUUUUGCAAGCAGAAGCGACUUUCGUAUGGAUAGAAAAUCUUGUGACGUGAUUUUUACAAAGCCUGUGAUUAUUAUGAAGCUGGAUGCCGGGGUCAGUAUGUAUCAUCAUUUUUGCGAUUUUAUCAAUCUGUACGCAUCGCAACAUAUCAAUGGUUCCUUCGACGAAACGGUGCCGAUCAUUCUUUGGGAUACGUCCGCAUAUGGCUAUCACGAUCUCUUCAGUGCGAUGUGGCGAGUGUUUUCACAAGAGCAGCCGAUUCAGUUGAAAGAUUUCGAUGGCAAAAGGGUGUGCUUCCGCGAAGUGAUGAUGCCAUUGCUGGCACGGAUGUUUUUUGGCCUUUAUUACAACAUGCCUUUGAUUCGCGGAUGUCACGGAAGUGGCUUGAUUCAUGCGUUUUCCAAACAUGUGUUGCAUCGCAUGAAUAUUCGCCAAAUCGGUCCCCUAGAAGACAAAAUACGAAUAACCCUUUUGUCACGUGAUAGCCAAUACCGAAGGAUACUGAAUGAGCAAAAGGUAACAUUGGGUUUGAACCUGACUCUCUUUCCUCUUCUGACCAUUCUCGACGUUUUUAUGUCUGUCCACGGCUCUGGACUUACCCAUUUACUGUUCCUUCCGGAUUGGGCUGCCGUGGUUGAGAUAUAUAACUGUGGCGAUAAGGACUGUUACAAAGACUUGGCUCGCCUACGUGGUGUAAAAUACUUUACUUGGGAAGAUGAAAGCAAACUGACGCUGGAAAACUCGGUAGGUACUUUUAUUCUUUGGUAA